AUGGGUGGAGGUUUAGCGUUUUUGCACAAGAAAUCAUGGCACACCGCGGGAAUGGCGGUCCAGGAGGACGUGUGGAAGCGGCAACAGCAGGCAGAGCACGAGAAGCGCCGAACGGAGGAGAUGCGCAAGGAGAUUGAGGAGGAGCGUAAGCAAGCGGAACUCAGAGCGGAGGCCAUUGCAAGCGGACACGUGAGCAAGCCGACACAGGAACGAUUGGAGUUCAUGUAUAAAGGACGAGUGGGGGAGGCCGCGCCGGCGCCGGUGGACGAUAAGGUGAUCGGGAAGAAGCGGUUUGAUCUCCCGGUGGAGGAGGGACAAAAUCUCAUCGCGCAGGCGCAGGAGAGAGAGGAGGAGACGCACUCAAAGAACGAGGCUUGGAACAAGCUCAAUGCCGAUCCGCUGCUAGUGAUGAAACAGCGAGAGCUACAAUCGAAGCAGUACAUCACGAACAACCCGGUGAAGAUGGCUCAGUUGAAGGAGGAAAGUAGAAGAGAGAAGGAUCGCAAGCGAUCAAAGAAAGAUGCGAGAAGAGACGACAGACGCGAGAGAAAACGGGAUAAGAAGCAUUCAAGACACAGCAGGAGAUACGAUUCACGAUCGGAUUCUAGAUCUAGGAGUCGAAGUCCGAGGAGGGAGCGACGUAAUGAUAGAUCCCGUUCACGCAGUAGAAGUCCGCGUCGCCGCUCUCGUAGCAGAAGUCCGAGACGCUCGGACCGGCGUCACAAAGACGAACGCAGCAGGGGGGGUAGAAGGUCAGAUUCUCGCGGCAAGCACAGCCGAAGAGAUGACAAUGACGACAGGCGAGAUCGCAAGAGGCAUCGCGAUGAUGUCGCUCGCGACGAAGCGCACGCGCAAGACGCUUCCAAGGGGUAUGGAUUGACAUAUGCGAAUAAUGUGGCUCAGGACGCGGCGAUAAUUCGUCGCGAUAAACGGGCCCAGUGGCGAGAAGAGGCCAAAUGUGAGAAGGAGCGCGAACCCGAACGUGAGUGGCACGGUGGUAACACUGUUCGUCAUCGAGCGGGGAAACUGACGGCGAAAGAGAAGGCUGCGCGAUUGGCGGCGAUGUCAAAUGACGCCAACGCACAUGACGAAGCGAGAAUUGCCAAACUGCGCGCAACCGUCGGAGAGUUAGACGGUGAAAUGAGUUUCGUGGAAGAGGCCGCGCGAGGCCCCUCGAAGCAUCAUUCCGAAGCGCCCGAGUUCAUCGCUAAGGCCAGGUCAUCUGUGUACUGUGAGCCGAGUACUAGGCGGCGCUGA